CCUGUGCAGGAAGCUUCUCAUCGGCGUCGGUUGUAGAAGGGGGCGGGCUUGACAAAUCCUGCACCUUGGGUGCUCGCCUCGUUCCUGCAUCGUCGUGACAACGUUCGCGCGCCACUCGAGUGGAGAAACGUCCUGGGGGAGCGAGAGGUACAUUAAAGGGAAGCCCGACAGGAAUAGACAUGGCGACAUCCGGCCAGUGUGUUGUGUGUUUGACGACGUUUCCAAACGUGGCCCGAGGCGAGGGUGACACGCACGCGCCCACCAUGCUUUGUAUCACUGACGAGGAGCAGGGGUACGAUCUGGACCUCUUCUGCAUACCAAAGCACUAUGCAUCUGACUUAGAGAGGGUCUACAUUCCACACGGACUUAUUUUGGACAGGACAGAGCGACUGGCAAGGGAGAUUAUGAAGGAAAUGGGAGGGCACCACAUUGUUGCCCUCUGUGUGCUGAAAGGAGGCUACAAGUUCUUUGCAGACCUGCUGGACUACAUUAAGGCUCUGAACAGGAACAGCGACCGCUCCAUCCCAAUGACGGUGGACUUCAUCCGCCUCAAGAGCUACUGUAAUGACCAGUCAACAGGAGAAAUCAAAGUCAUUGGAGGAGAUGACUUGUCUACUCUGACAGGCAAGAAUGUGUUGAUUGUGGAGGAUAUUAUUGACACUGGGAAGACAAUGAAGACAUUAUUACAACUCCUUAAACAGUACAAUCCCCAAAUGGUUAAAGUGGCAAGUUUGUUGGUGAAAAGAACACCAAGAAGUGUUGGAUACCGACCGGACUUUAUAGGCUUUGAGGUUCCUGACAAAUUUGUUGUGGGAUAUGCACUAGACUACAACGAGUACUUUAGAGAUCUAAACCAUAUUUGCGUCAUUAGCGAAACAGGGAAGGAGAAGUACAAGGCGUGAAGAGGACCUUUGUAUUUUUUUGAUGGCUGGUUAUAUUUUUUUAAGGCCAAUUUUAUUUUUGAGUCAUCAUAAAAAAAACAUUGCCACCUCAGGUUAUCCUUGGGAUGCACCGUAUAUUGUGACGUUUGCCCAUUUUAGUUCCCUCCACACUGCCUCGCAAGUUUGAGUUUUUUGCCUCAGAUAAAGACAAGUUUAGGCAAUACAACAGAUAUAAAUCCACGAAACUGCGCAAAAUUAGUAGGGAAGUCAAUGGUUAACCUUUCUGAAGUAUGAAAUGGUUAAUCUUGUAAAGCAGUUUUUUUUUUCUUACUGUUUGGACAAAGUUCAGAGACUAUAAGGCCACAGCAUGGGUUUGUGAUUUUGAAUUCUGCAUUGGUUUUAAUUAUUAUUAUUUUUUUAACUAUCACUUGGUUGAUAAGUUAGGAUCACUAGUUAUGAAAAUGUCCAAAUUCUCUCCUUUAUUCUCACCCAUUUCCUCUCUUUGUAGUAACCCACUUCUUCCGUGACCAUCACACUAUGGUUUUAUGGUUUGAUAAAAGUGAUGCAGUACAACAUACUAUACUAUAUUGUAUGUGGAGCCCCUAAACCCUACACAGGGUCCUAUAUGUCCAUUGCAGUGCUUCUGUGCGUCAAAUCACUCAACGUGCGGGUAUGAGUCAUCAGCUGUCAUUUUUUAGCGAUGGUCCAUUCCAGUCGGGUUCGGCUGUGUCACGCGGUGUGUGGUGGGCCUUAGUCUCCUCAGCACUUUUCACUUUCUCUCCACACUUAGAAUAUUAAACUAGCAUCUUAUUACUGGUCAGACCCAGUCUCUGCUGGUGUGUAUGAUAUACCAAUUAUAUACAAGCACAUGCUGCCAAUUUUUCAUAGACUCACAACAUUGAGGCAACUUUCUCUGUAUCAUAGAGAUUGUUACUUCCUUUAAUUUGCAAUUCAUGAGCCUAAUAACAAUUGGCUUUUCUUUUCUUUACAUUUUCAGAAAACAAGAAAAAACAGUAGGCUACAGUUGCCUCAAUUCAAGGUUUGCAGAUUUCCAUGACCGAGAAUCUACACAGACAUAAAAAAAGCACAUUGGUACUUUUUAUUUACAGUAUAUUGUGACAGUAAGUUAAAAAUGCCUUGCUAUUAGGCUAACAAUUUACAAUAUACAGUUAAAGACAAACAGCAUGUUGUGAAAGUUUAAUUUAAAAAAAAACAGGUUAUGGAUGAAACACUGGUCAUGUUUUAACUUUUAUUAAAUUAAAACUGAAAAUACCCAUGAGUAAUUGGAAAGGCAAUGUUUUUGUUACUCCACUGUUAUUAUUGCUCUUAAAAUAAUGACAAAAUAAAAUGUCUGUAUGUAUACAUUUUAUUAUUUAUGAUAGAUACAUACUGAAUGAUAAUAAUAAUAAAAUUUACCCAAUAAUUGUGGCCACAUGCUUUUUGACCCAUCACUGAGUUGUAGUUUGAACAUUUAGCACUUACAAUAUUGAAAGCAAUGCUGCUAGCUUGAUGUACAGUACAAUGUCACUGUCUUCAACAUUUUACAAUAAAGAUUACAUUUGUUAGCCUGUUUUUCCUUGAAAGUAACGCGUAUAUGCUCAUAUUUCAAUGUUUUCACAAGUUGUGGGAUGAUGCUUUGUUGUCAUUUGCUUUCCUAAGGAAAUCGCAUCAAUACAGUAUAUGACCCGUUUAAUCGUUGUUGUCACUUAAAUAAUGAGUACACAAAAGAUAAGAAAUUCUAGUUUUGAAACUGUUAACCAGACCAAUGUGUUCACCUUUACCUGUUUUUCUACUCCAUGCAAGCGCCCAACCAGUGGUGCCACGUUUUGCUGUGCUGUUCAAUAAAUAUACACAUCCAGACUUG